AACAAACAACUUUCUUAUAAUAAAUCAUCAUUGACCAUUAAACCCCAAAUUCUAGAAACCUGCAAGCUUGAAUUACAAUUUACAAAGUCCAAGAAUUACUCUUUGAAAUUGAUGUUAUAGCAAAUGCAUUCAGCAACCAGAUCUCGGGUUUUAGCCCGGGCUCUCCUCCCUUCCUAUGCACGACGAUAUUCAACAGCUCCAAUAAUCACUCCUAUUACCUCCGUUCUCAUAGCCAAUCGUGGAGAAAUUGCUCUACGAGUCGGACGUACAGCUUCAGAUCUCGGCGUACGAUGUACAACAAUCUAUACAGAUCCUGAUGCCAAUUCACAGCAUGCACUUUCCAGUCCUUUCGCGGUGAAUCUUGGUGCUGCGAAUGCAUAUCUCGAUGGAGAACGAAUUAUAUCUGUGGCAAAGGAACAGGGUUGUGAGGCUUUACAUCCGGGAUAUGGAUUUUUGAGUGAGAAUUCGGCGUUUGCGAAAAGAUGUGUAGAAGAGGGGUUGGUGUUUAUUGGGCCGCCUUGGAAGGCUAUUGAGGCUAUGGGAAAUAAAUCUAGAAGUAAGGAUAUUAUGAUUAAGGCGGGCGUACCUUGUAUACCUGGAUAUCAUGGAGAGAAUCAAGAACCUGAACAUCUUUUAAAUGAGGCUCGCAAGAUUGGUUUCCCUGUUAUGGUGAAAGCUGUAAAGGGUGGUGGUGGAAAAGGUAUGCGCAUUGCUCAGACGGAAGGGGAAUUUCUUGAAAAAUUAGAGAGUGCGAAGAGUGAAGGAAGGAAUUCUUUUGGAGAUGAUGUUAUGUUGGUGGAGAAAUAUAUUGCUACGCCAAGACAUAUUGAGGUACAAGUUUUUGCCGAUAAGCAUGGUCAAGCAGUUGCUUUGGGUGAGAGGGAUUGUAGUUUACAAAGACGGCAUCAGAAGAUCUUGGAAGAGGCACCAGCACCAAAUCUUGCUGAGGAUAUUCGACAGGACCUUUGGGAGAAAGCUCGAGCUGCUGCGCUUGCUGUUGGAUAUGAGGGUGCUGGUACAGUAGAAUGUGGGCAUCAAAUCAAGUGCUUCUCGUACCAGUGCUAACGAAAAUUACAGUUAUAUUUGACAAUGAUACUAAUGAGUUUUUCUUCAUGGAAAUGAACACUAGGCUACAGGUUGAACAUCCUGUUACCGAAGAAAUCACUGGAGAAGAUCUCGUAUCAUGGCAAUUCAAAGUUGCUGCCGGCGAGCCAUUACCACUCAAUCAAGAAACGAUAGCUCAAAGAAUAUCUGAACGUGGAUGGGCUCUUGAAGCUCGAAUAUAUGCCGAGAAUCCAGAUCAAAAUUUCAUGCCUGAUUCUGGCAAGCUCGUUCAUUUACGCACGCCUAAACUAUCAGAAAGUGUUCGAAUAGAUGCAGGUUUCGUACAAGGGGAUACAGUCUCAUCUAAUUACGAUGGUAUGAUUGCAAAACUUAUCGUGAGCGGGCCAACACGAGAAGUUGCCAUACGAAAACUACAUGCAGCUUUACAAGAUUACGAAGUAGUUGGUCUAAGUACCAAUAUCGAAUUUCUGAAGAAAAUCUGCAAAAGCCCUGCUUUCAUUCGAGGUGAUGUUGAAACUGGAUACAUACAAAAACACCACGAUGAGCUUUUCACGAAUGAGAUUAUUGAGCCUGAAACAUUUGCUCAAGCUGCCUUGGGUAUCUUAUCUCAAGAACUUUCCGCUGCGAGCUCAAAGUCAAUUCAAGGUCCUCAUGGUGAAGCCAUUGGUUUUAAUUCUCACAUCCAACGCGAAUUUAGUUUCACAAAACCUAUCCUCCAACCAUCAAGUGAUAAACCAGAAUUAUACCACGUAACCAUCGAUCAAUCUGACCGCAACUUAUACGAUAUCACGGUCAAAGGACCCAAUAUUGAAAAAUCAUACGCAAAUGUCAUCAGUGAACCAAAAUCCCCUACUAUCUCGACAUUCUUCCCACAUACCAGAAUUGAAAGUACGUUAAUCCGACAAGAUGAUAAGAUCACACUCUUCCAACAAGGAAAACAAAUACAGUUGCAAUUGGCGACGCCGGGAUGGUAUGAGAAAGCACUGGGAUUGAAGGAUGUGAGGAAUAGUGUGGUGGCUCCGAUGCCAUGUAAGGUUUUGAGAAAUGAGGUCAGAGAAGGAGAUGAGGUGGAGGAGGGACAGGCGUUAGUUGUGUAAGUUUUUGGUUUCAUGUCACGUCACGGAUAUUUUUGAGGUUGUGAUGAAGUGAAUCUGACGUCAAAUUUUUACAGGAUCGAGAGUAUGAAGAUGGAGACGGUGAUUCGAAGCCCACAGAAAGGAGUCGUUGCUAAAUUGGUGCAUAAGGAAGGGGUAAGUACUUUUUUUCCUAUCCCAUUGAAUUUAGGUUCAUGGGAUACAUUUUCGAGGGAUUAAUGCUAAGAUCGUUUAAAAUAGGAUAUCUGUAAAGCAGGUACUGUGCUUGUGCUUUUUGAAGAGGUAAGUUGUAUCCGUCCUUUUGCUUUCCUGAUCUUGUAGACUAAUCAUGUAUAUUUUACAGCAUGAAUAAUGAUGCAAUACAAGACCAGCCUAUGCGUUUACGAGAGAGUGAGAAUGGAAAUGAACUUUUAUGAGUUGAUGUAUAUUAUGAUUACUAGAUGAUUUUCAACAAUUGCUCUGCAGCGCAUUCAAUAAAAAGAGAAAGAAA